AUGCCUGACCAGGUCCAUCACGAUGCCAACUCUGACUUCACACCCAGUGAAUAUCCAUCUUUCCCAGACGACCUUCCCACGGCCUCCUUGCAGACAUUUGACGCGUCGGACUUAGACUCUGUCCAUCAGGAUAGUUCGAGUCCUACUCGGACAAAUAAAGCGGACCAAAUCCUUCAAAGUUGUCAAACAGACGGAUGCUUCUACCUGAAUCUUGCAGCAGCCUCAGAAGACAUGUCAUCAAGUACUCCUACCACUACAGCAUCAAAAUCUAAUUGCAGCACCGGCACCGGCAACAGCUUGAUGAAAGACGCAGAAUCCAUAAUGCACCUCCUGCAGCCAAUGUUCCAAAUGAGCGAGGAAGAAAAAGCGAGCUAUUCACCUGUUGCGGACCCACUCGCGCUGUUCGGGUACAAGAGGACCGGUGCAACUGUUGUCGAUGACCUUGACACUCUUGAUUGUGCCGAGUUUUUCAAUAUUUCGAAGAACGAUAUCAUCAGCAGCGGACAACAAUCAGUGACAAUUCAGCCUGGGCCAGCUGGAUCAUCCUGUCCAGAAUCAGAAGCAGCACCGGAACCAGCUUCGCAUAAUGACAAUGACAUUCUCCUACCUCCGCUCAUUCUAAACAACCACCAACAGAUCCGCGAAUUCAUGCUCAAAUGCCACGAGCUCAGUCUCCUUUUACUAGACCGGAUUUCGUCAGCAUACGAAGGAUUCCCUGUGGAGAUUCUACGCUCCAUACACCGCUUUGACAAACAGUCAGGGGAUCAUCUCCGCGUUAUUCGCGGACCGGCACGCUUGAACUUCUCUGGUGAAGAGUGCCAGUCCCAGAUCCAUACCCCAACACACCAUGAUUUCGGAACACUUACCAUCUUAUUCAAUUGGCUCGGUGGGCUUCAAAUUGUCAAACAGCAGGAGGAUGGCAGUGGCGGAACCGGCAUUGGCACUGGCCCUAACAAUGCUACUGGUGCUGGCACUAACACUGGUGGUGCUGGUGGUGCCGACAUCUAUAAAUGGAUCAAACCGAUCCCCGGACACGCUAUCGUUCUCGUCGGCAGUGCAUUAGGUCGAUUUACUUCUACCGAUUCUUCAUCUGACCUGGACCCAAAGUUGAAACGAGGCCAUGAUGAAGAAGGGGGAGAGCUCAGAUGGCCUUGUCAUCCCGUCAAGCAUAGAGUCGUCUCGGCACCUGGUAAGCAGGGCCUGUUUCCGCGCUAUGCUUUGGGAUAUUUCCUGAGACCGGAGGAUGAUGUUUUGAUUAGACCUUUGAAGAAUGCUGGUACUAGUAGUACAACUAGUAGUAGUCGGUCUGCCAAUGGCAAUGGUGGUGGUGGUGGCACCAGGACACAGCCUGGGGUACUACUACAGCCGGAACAACAACUUCAACCUCUGCAAAGGCCCACAAGCCAGGUGACCCCUACGACGGUGGAUCAUGAGGGUGAAGAAGUUGUUCUCACUGCUAAGGACUGGAUUAGGAGUCAAGCCAGGGGAUUAGGGAUUGGGAGAGUAUGA